AUGAAUCGAACAAAUGACAAUAGUCGUGUUCUUAAAAUCAUCGUGAUUUUGGUGUUGAUUGCAUUCGAAUUGUGUCAAGCACAAAAUGGUUACAAUGUGAAUGGAGUUUGCCCGCCGCAAGAAUUGAUUUUGCCUUGUCGAUGUUCACAGAAAGGUUCGGAAAUUCAAAUCUGGUGUUCACAUUCUGAUUUGCCUCGCGUUCUUAAUGGAAUCAAAUCAACUUCAAAAGCUUUAAAUCGACCGAUUGAUGAGUUGAUACUUGAAAAUAAUUAUUUGCCGUCAUUACCGGGACGUGCCUUUGCUCAACUUCAAAUCACUCGUCUUAUGUUACGUCACAAUGGAUUAGAAAGGUUAUCAGCUGGUUGGUUAACCGAUAUGGAAGCUCAUCUUGUGGAAAUCUUCAUCGUUGAACGUGGCUUAAGAAGCGUUCCUGUCGACAGUUUAUUUGGCAUUCGAAAUCUUGAAGCAAUCACAAUUCAAAGUGAAAGUUUAAAAAGAUGUCCCGAAUUUUCUGGAUUGCCAAAGCUACGCUAUAUCAACAUUGAAAGUGAAUCGUUAAUUGAGUUGUCACCUCGUGGAAUUCGCGAUCUUCCAAGCGUUGAAACGAUUUCAAUUAUUCACAGCAAAGGAUUAUCUCGAUUAGAAGCGGGAUUGUUUGUGAAUCUUCCAAAACUGAAGUCAAUAAACUUGCAACACAAUGGAAUUGAAUGGAUUCAUUUGCGAACCUUCUCGUCAGAUUUAAAAGCACUUCAAACACUUGAUUUGAGUUAUAAUCAAUUAACAAAUGCCGGAAUGAUUGGACGAGCGAUUAAAGAUAUUCAAAAUCUUGAAACUCUUCAUCUCAAUCAUAAUUUCAUUGAAGUUUUAUCAGAAGCAAGCUUCGUUGAUCUUCCGAGUUUGAAAGAAUUGAGAUUGAAUGAUAAUUUGAUUCAAGAACUUCGUCAUGGUGCUUUUCAUCGAGUUCCAUCAUUGAAGAUCGUUCACUUGGAAAAUAAUCAACUUCGACAUGUUCAUCCUGAAUCAUUCUUGAUGUCAUCUGGUCGAGGUAUUGAAACAAUUCAUCUUCAGUUCAAUGACAUUCAAAGAAUAGAAGAAGUUCGAUCAGUUCUCGACGCUCUUCCAACACUUCGCUAUCUUGAUUUGAGUGACAAUAAAUUGACAGAAAUUCCUUUUGGAGCAUUGCGUGGUCACGGAACUUUAGAACAAUUACAUUUGAAUAAUAAUUAUUUGAGAUUAAUUGAACGAGAUGCUUUAAUGGCGAUGCCAUCGCUGAGAGAAUUGAGAUUAAGGAACAAUAGUUUGACUGAUUUAUUGCCGAUGCCUUUUUGGAAUCUUCCAGCAUUGAAAGGUCUCGACAUUUCAUUCAACAAGUUUCGUCGUCUUGAACCUGUUUUUCUUGCCGGUCUUCCAUCCAUUAGACGUUUUGACAUCAGCGAGAAUUCUCUUUCAUUCAUCGACAUGAACGUCUUCCGUAACACUCCAAUGCUUGAAACUGUCAACAUUUCAUCAAACGAACUUACAGCAAUUGACAGAAACACAUUCGCUCAUCUUUCAAAUCUCUAUGAACUCGACGUUUCGAAUAAUCUUUUGAUUGAAAUGAUUGCCGGACUUCCACAGGCAAUCGAACGCGUGAAUUUGAGAGAUAACAGAAUUCAUAAUCUUGCAACAACUCCGGGAAGUUUUGAUUUACCAAACUUAAGAAUGGUUGAUUUGUCAAGUAACGACUUAGCAAGAGUUCAUCAAGUGUUUAUUAGAAGUCCACAACUUCGUGUUUUAAAUCUCGCGAGAAACAAAUUAGCGACAAUUGAAGAAACAAACUUCUUAGGUUUGAAUCGUUUGGAAGUUUUGAAUCUUCAAGACAACCAAAUAAGUGCAAUGCAUGAUCAUAGCACCGCAGCGAUGGUAAAUCUGAAAGAAUUGAACAUUCAAGGCAAUCGAAUGGAAAUUUUUGUUGAUAAAAUUCUCGACAGCACACCAAACAUUGAGCGACUUGAUUUAUCACGAAACAAUAUCAUUGAAAUUAUGCCAGACUCGUUCAGGAAGACACGAUCGUUGCAAUUUCUCGACUUGUCAGGUAAUUCAUUAAAACAUCUUCCAGAAAGUUUAGAGAAUUUAGAAAAUCUCAAAGACAUUGAUGUGAGUUUCAACCACAUUGCUGAGCUUUCACCAGAAAUCUUACAAUCGUGGCGAAACAUUGAAGAAUUCCGAGCAUCAAACAACAAAAUUCAAGAAUUAAGUCAGGGAACGUUUAAGAAUCUUCCUUCGAUUCAAUACAUGGAUUUAUCCAGCAAUGACAUCAUCAGCAUUCAACGUGGUGCGAUUAGAAAUUUACCAGAACUUCAGGAAAUUGUCUUAGCUGACAAUCGCUUAAUCGAACUCAGGGAGCGAGUCUUUGAAGACCUACCAAACCUUCAAGCAGUUCAUUUACAGCAAAAUAACUUACGAAUGAUUGCACCAAACACUUUUUAUAAUUCACCAUCAGUUUUGUAUUUGAAUUUAUCGACAAAUCAAUUUCGUCACAUGGAGAACAUCAAUUUACGUAACGCUCGAAAUUUGGAAGUUUUGGACUUGUCAAACAAUGAAAUUAAAAGAGUCACGGCGAAUCCUUUAAGGGGACUUGAUUGGCUUGUGGAACUAAAACUUAAUGACAACAGAAUCUGCAAGAUUCAAGGCGAACCAUUUUCAUCAAUGCCACGUCUUCGUGUGUUGAAUUUAAGAAAUAAUCGAAUGGGAAGAUUACAUGAAACGAACUUUAGAAAUCUUCGAAGUAACAUUGCGAUACUUGAUGUUGAUGGAAAUCCAAUCGAUUGUUCGUGUGACACGCUUUGGCUUCGUGCAUGGUUGAAAGAAACAAAUUCACAAGCUGGCCCGGCAUGUCGCGAUGGGACAAUGCUAAGAGAUCUUGACUUAAAUCGACAAGAUUGUAAUCAUCCAAGCUCUCAAAACUUGAAUCAAAUUCCCUUAACUAACGAACAUGGAGAUUUGUUCUUGCGUCAUAAUGAUUACGACGAUUGCGGACCUGUGAGUGGUGAAGGUGGUUACGAAGAUUUCCCUCCAAAUCAAAAUUAUUUCAACAAUAAUCAACGACCAUUGCCAGUAGAAAGUGAUUACUUCUACGAUCAAUAUGUUGACUUUCCCGUUAAUGAAACUUUGAACAACACAUUGCCGAAAAUAAAUCAAACUUCACCUUUUGUCGACUUCAAUCAAAAUAAAUUUAACAUGAAUCAUCUUCCACCAAUUGGACCGCCACCCCCACCGCAAUUUACAUUCUUCGGGAGACCUUUGCCAAGUCUUUCGUUGGGAAAUCUUUGGGGAUCAGGUAGAUCAGCAAGCAAUCGAGCGAACUCUGCUGAAAAUAAUUCACGAGGGAAAGGACGAGUGCAAAUAUUCCGACCUGGUGAUCCCGAGCUUGAUGUCAUAAUAAAUCGACCGAAUAAUGAGUUGGGACUUGGAGAAUCAAGGAAUCGUGAACCAGAAGCAUCAGUAAAGAAACCUGUCAUAGAACCUUUGGAUGAAAAAAUGGAUGAGAAGUUUUAUCGACCUUACUUCCAGACGCCUUUCUCACAACCAAAACCUGAGAAAGGUUUUUCACCUUUAAUUCCUGGCAUGACUGUCGGUGGUUUCAUUCCCAUUCACGAUCCAACAAAAAACGAUACGAAAACUUCACCAAUAAGUCAUGAUUGGCCAGCAGAGGAUAAUCUUAAAGAGGUGCCACUUGUAACAAAAUCUGAAACUCAAACUAAACGAACAUCAACCAGGCCAAGUUCUUUUGGGCAUAUUGACAAGAUUGGUUCAUCAACCAUAAGCCAUUUGGCGACAUCAAUUUCUCCAAUCUUAUCCACUUUAGUUCCCAAAGAUGAAGUAUAUACAGAAAAGUCGAAUAUUUAUACAAUUAGUGGUGAUGAUGAUGACGAAGAAGUAGAAAUUGAUGUUACGUCAGUUGAUUUUGAACCACGAAAUCCAAAUAAAAUGAAUUUCGAGCAAGAAGUUUACCAGCAAAAUCAAGAAUACAUGGAAAAACCAACUAAAUAUUCUACAACCUUAGGAACUACAACAUCAACAACAGAAAAUGUCAUGGUUAGUGACGGAAAUGAACACGUUGUGCAGCCACCGAUGACAUCAACAACAACGGAAGCAUUCCAACCAAUCCAAGAAUCAAUUGAAACUUUUGAUAACUUCAAUGAAAGCUCAUCACUUUCAGCUGAUCAUUUAAUUGCUCCAGGUAGCAUUGUAUCAUCUCAGGAAAUUACAAAUUCUACUCCGAAGUUUCCUACCAAAGCUGGAAAAAUAACAAAAGUUUUCUCUCCAGCCCCACCACCAGCUGGCGCUGCCAACAGUAAUGAAAUUUCAAAACUUUUAAGUCCUUUCUAUCCACAACAACCAACUACAACAAUUGAACCACCAACAAGCUUUGAUAAUGAAUAUCAACCAAAUCAAUUUUAUCCACGGACAUUCAAUGAGGAUGAAAAGAUCAGUGAAACGCCGCAAUAUGAACGUGACGACAUGGAAUGGUAUUUCAACAAUUACAAUCAGUCGGAAUCGAAUCCUAUUCUAAAUUAUAAUCUUCAACCUUAUGAGAAUACUUAUGAGAGAAGCUUAGCACCUAAAUUCAAUUCAAUUAGCAUUAAAAAUCUUUUAAUAGUUUUAAUUGUGAUAAAAUAUUUGGCCUUGUAA